AUGGAAGCAAUGGGUGUAGGAGGUGACAGUGAAGUUGGAGGAAAAGAACCUGUUGAAGGAGCUGAAAGCACUAAGGUAGACAGAAUUAAAGCAGACUACGGCACAUUUGGCCAGGUGUUGUACCACGUGGUGUCGUUCACUGAAGGCUACGAGCAGCAGGUGUUGUACUUGUGCAUGAGGAUCUUCGAGUCAACUAUGAGCUUCACCAAGAGUCAGCUGACAGUGCUGAUGACCGUGUCUAUCAUGUCGCGGUUGUGCUUCUCGCUGGUUUGGGGGUUGCUGGCGGACGCGUUUGAGACUAACCUGGUGAUGGCUGCUGGGUUGUUAUUCAUGGGCAUCGCAUCGAUUCUGCUAAGCGCCACAUCACGCUUCUCGUCGCAAAAGAUCAUCUCGGAUGAAGAUGAUGAUGAGAGCGGUAACAGCAGCACGUUUACCCGUAUUCAUGCGCUGAAUUGCAUUGGGCGCAUGUUAUGUGCCGCAAUAACCACGGAGGCUGCUCAGAACAUCUUGCUGGGAUUUAUCGGCUGGCGCGUCUCAUACAUUGUGUUGGGCUACCUGUGGAUUUCGGUUGGCAUCGCGAUUGUAUUUGCAAUGCAUACUGAGAGGGUACUCAUCACUCCCUAUGGAUCCAUGGAUAAAUUCAUCAACCAAAUAUCCGGCGCUUUUAAAGCGGUUUUUACGAAUUGGUCCGCUUUUCUGUGUAUAUUUACGAUGUUGAUUGCGGAGGCCCCGAUGUGCACCCUGCCGUACAUGAUCACGUACCUGGAAUACUUGGGUGUGUCCGACAUGAAGGUUGGCAUUGCGAUUUUGGUCACUACGAUUGGCGGAGCAGCAGGGACUGCGGCUGGAGGAAUUGUUAUUGAUAAAAUUACAGGUAUGCAUAAAAAGUAUGGCGAACUUAUUGCUGGUAUCGUUGUGAUGGGCGUAAGACUGAUCGUUUGUGUACUGUUCUUCGUGUCGCCGGCCCCGGAUGGACGUCUGAUGUGGUAUCACUACAUAGAGUUUGCGGUUCUUGGUGCGACCUUGGUCACAGUUGGCGGCGUGGAUAGACCCAUUAUGAGGAAAGUAAUUCCGGACAGGUACCAAGCCAGCGCAUCGGCCAUCAUCCAGUGCAUAUCGGGUAUAUCUGUAAGCGUGAGUUUCGUGGAGAUCUUCGCGUACGUGUCAGAGAAGUUGCAUGGUUACGCCCCGUCAACACAGGCGAUUGAUGACAUGGAUGCGGCGCUGAAAGAUAACAACACCGAAGCCCUACGGAAGUCGACCAUGUACAUGAUCGUGAUAGGUUCACUGCUCAACAUCGCUUGCUAUGGCGCGUUGUUUGCCACGUAUGAAGAGGAUAAAAAGAAAAUCGAAAAGGAAAAUGUGGAAGUAUGGAAGGAAAGGAAGGUCAUACAGGAAAGAAGGGAUGAGAUGAAAAAGAAAGUAGAAGAAGUAGAAGUGACCUUGGAACAGCUGUUAAGAGAUGGAACAUCUCCGGAUGGUCUGUACUUACCGGGUAUUGAAGGGGAUAUGGCAGAGUUUGAGGGUUCGAGAGGAAGCACAAGAAAUGACGAUGAACUGUUAACAGAUGACGGGAUACGUGAAUUGAUAAAACAAGGGGAAAGAACGUUCGACUUAGAAUCUAGAGUGAGUAUGCUUCGAAUCUAA